GGACCAUGAAGAUCAGUUGGACGAGAAGAAUUACUCCGAAGUUCGGUAGAAGAUCGUGCAGAAGAAUCCAUUCAAGCGCAAAGAAGUAUUGCAAUGAAACUUCUCUUCAUGGCUUUAGAUAUCUGAUGAAACCUUCAUACGGCGAGAAAGUUUUCUGGAGCUUGGUUUGUAUAAUCUGCACCAUUUUGUGCGUACUGUUCAUCUACAAUCAGAUGAUACGAUAUCAAGAGAAUAGAGUCACCACCACCGUUAGGACUACGAACUUUCCAAUAUGGGAAGUGCCUUUUCCAGCUGUCACUAUUUGUAAUUCCAAUGUAGUAUACAAAAACCACACAACACAAUUGGUCGAAAUUCUGGAGCAUCAUGAUAUACCAACCGAGAUUAUAAAUAGCUAUUUCGCCAAUUUAUCUUUGGUUAUUUUGAAUAGGAAGAGAUCGUAUGAUAAUUUUGAUCAUAAUGAUUACAUUCAAGUUACCAAUAUAUUAGAGGCAGAGGGGUUUGAUACG